GCAUUCCAGGCAAGGAAACGUCAGUGUGUCAAGAUUGUAAUUUUCACAUUCUUCUAUCUAUCAUGAGGCUUAAAGUUACUUUAGCAAAAGAUUCCCCUCACGAGAAGACUGUGACAUGUGUUGGUUGGAGUAGCACGGAAGAGGUUUACUCCGGAAGUGAUGACAAUCAACUACUCUCUUGGACGGUGUCCAACAAUGAAUCCACUCGAAUCGCCCGCUUCAACUUUGAUCUCUUUCCAACUGAUCUUCAGUUCGUUCCACGUGUAGGUGGAAUGACAGGUGGUAAACAUGCGGAUCUUAUGCUUAUCACGUCGGCCGAUGGGCGAUUUCAUAUCGCAAACCGUGGUGGUCGUGUGGAACGUUCCGUUGAAGCUCACAAAGGUGCCAUUCUCAUUGGUCAAUGGAGUAAUGAUGGAGCUAGCCUUCUAACAGGUGGUGAAGAUGGUUUUGUGAAGGUAUGGUCCCGAAGUGGCAUGUUACGUUCUACAGUGGUAACCAGUGAGAAUUCUGUCUAUGGUGCCGCCUGGUCCCCAGAUGGUCAAGCAAUCGUCUACACAAAUGGAAAACUAUUGGUCAUCAAACACUUAACCCCAAAUACCAAACCAACUAAAUGGAAAGCACACGAUGGUCUAGUUCUUUGCGUAGCAUGGAGCGCCGCGUGCGAAAUGAUCGCCUCCGGUGGUGAGGACUGUAAAUACCGGGUUUGGGACUCCCACGGUCGCCCUUUAUUCUCCAGCGGAUUACACGACCAUCCGAUAGCUUCAAUUGCAUGGUCACCAAAUGGGGACUCUUUUGCCGUUGGGUCUUAUAACACUCUGCGACUCUGUGAUUAUUCAGGAUGGUCCAGAUGUCUUGAGAAACCUCCAACUGGUACCAUUCUAAAACUGAGCUGGAGUUCAGAUGGCACGCAAUUAGCUGGAGCCUGUGCUAAUGGUAAAGUCAUCUUCGCCCACGUAGUAGAUCGAAGUGUAGAGUACGGCAACUACACAGCAACAGUCACUGAGAAGAAAGCAGUGGCAGUGCAUGAUGUCCAAACAGACACCACUGAACUACUAGACGUACCCGAAAGAGUCAUACAACUAUCAAUGCGAUAUGGCCAUCUUGUUCUUACAACCCCAAAGCAGUGUUAUGUUUACAGCGCCAACAACUGGAACACUCCAACUAUAUUUGACCUGAAGGAUGGAAAUGUCACUUUGUUGCUACAAUCUGAAAAGCACCUGUUACUUGUUGAGAAAACGACAGUGGGAUUAUACAGUUAUCAAGGUAGGCUUGCAGCAUCCCCCAGAUGGCCCAACAUGCGUUUAGAGAGUUUACGAUCACAAUCAGUAGCAUUAUCGCCGGAUACACUAGUAGUACGAGAUGUCGCAGAUGCUAAACUAUUGCAUAUAAUGGACUUGGCGUCAAACCGCACGAUGCAAGACACCUCCUCAACUCUACAACACUCAAUGGCAAUUAUCCAAAUUGCACUGGAUCAAUCCGGUCCAGCUUCAGAUCGGCGCGUUGCCAUCUUAGACAAAAACCGCGAUCUAUUUCUGGUGCAAUUAAAAACACAACACAAAGACUUUCAAAAACUGGGCGGGCAGAUACAGUCCUAUCAAUGGAACACUGAUGAAAACAUGCUCAGCGCUAUUCAGGACACCAGACUCAUCGUGUGGUACUGCCCGUCGGCUUGUUUUGAUCGUGAUCUGUUGCGUCUUUGUAGUAUGCAAUACGAUUCGCAGGAUCUUGGCAGAAGUCCGAGAAUACAUGAUUUCAUCGGAAAUGCGGUUUUUGUGCGCAGAACUGAUGGAUCCCUGUUAAAUAUACCAAUAUCUCCGUUUCCAACUCUGUUGCAUGGGUACAUACAGAAUAACAAGUGGUCGGACGCGUUGAAUCUGUGCCGUACAAUUGAUGAGACCACUUUGUGGGCUUGUUUAGCUGUCAUGGCGACUCAAUCGGCAAGUGAUGCGUUAGAUAUCGCCGAGGAAGCUUACGCUGCCAUCAAUCAAUAUGAUAAAGUGUUGUACAUACAACACUUGAAGGAAUUACCCCGACCAUUGCAAUUAGCAGGCGCCGCGCUACUAGGCGGACAGAUUCAACACGCCGAAUCGAUCCUACUACACAACGGCAUGGUGUAUAACGCAAUACUCAAUCACAUAAGAUUGCAUAAUUGGAAUAGGGCUUUGGACUUGGCUGUACGGCAUAAAACUCACAUUGAUACCGUACUUUAUUUGAGAAAUAAAUAUCUUGAAAAGCUGGAGAAGGACGAGAUCAAUACAAAGUUUAUCAAUUUGAGAAAAACUGUUGAGAUUAACGAAGAGAAAAUAUUGGAACGCAUCGAACAAGAAAAGAAACAUUAAGUUAAUUUCACAAGAUGGCGGCGAGCAUCACACAUCGUAAACUGUAUAUGUUAAUAAUUAUAUUUAAUGUUUUAUUAGUGUUUGCUAAUUUAACCGAAUAGAGAAUAUAACAGAUGAUUGAA